AUGGCUAACGGUAAAUGUCAUGUGUCUUGUGCAGAAAAUCACCGAAUAUGUAGAAAAAUCCUCGUUAUCAAUGUGACAGAUUUUUAUGAUAAGUUCGUUUAUUUUCAGCGCCGGCCAUUGAACGACAAGGAUAUGCAAAAGAUGAAGAAAGAUUCAGAAGAUGAAGAAAGUGAUGAUCCUCUCGACGUGAAUAUCUCUGAUAUCCUGAACAAAAAGCUGGAUGAAAUACAAAAUAUCAGUACUGAAGAGCUAUUCAAUGUCCUAAUU